AUGUCUCACGCAGGCAAGUGCCACCACGACACUACCGAAGAAUUCUCCAGUAUUCACGAUGAUUAUGGUUACAAGAAGUUGCAAGAAUGCAUCCUGGGUGCGGUGACGGAAAAGACGGCCAACUACAUCAAGCAGACGGCCGAGAAAGCUUCGAAAAAGCGGGCAGAGGAUGCCCAGAAACAGGGCGAGGAAGGAGCGCAGCUAGCCCUGCAGAAGCACCGCUGGGUGCCCGUCAAGCUGGUCGACCGGCGUGAGAUCAGCGACGAUACCCGGACUUACACGUUUGAGUUACCCCCGGGAAGAGCCCGAACUUGGCCUCGGGACAUGCCAGCACCUCCAAAGAGAAGGGACGAAAGGAAACCAAGAAAGAACCCGCCGACCCCUCCCGAAUCACCCACCACCCGCUUCCACACCCAACCCCAACCACAACAACCCCCAACCCCCAACCCGUCAUCCUCAUCCACCCCACCCCCCAACAACCACUCCCUCCACCUUCGACCUAACCCAUCAAAACCUACUUCCCCACGCCCUCCCAAGCCCGGCGGCGCCCUCUCCAACCUGCUCGAUUGUAUGCCGCUGGGCGAGGAAGUCGAGAUCCGGGGCCCGACGGGCGACAUCGUGUACCUCGGCAACUCCGAGUUCCUGAUCACGGGGGCGUUCGUGCCGCAGCCGCGGCGGCUGCGCUUUCCGCGCGUGUCGCUGGUCCUGGGCGGGUCUGGCAUCACGCCGGGGUACGCGCUGAUGGCGGCUGUGAUGCAGGGGAUGAGAGGUGGCGGUGGGGAAGGAGAUGGGGAUGGGACGGAGGUGAGGGCGGUGGAUGCGAAUAAGAGUGAGGGGGAUAUUUUGUUGAAGGGGGAGCUGGAUCGGUUUGAGAGGGAGAGUGAGGGCCGGGUGAAGGUGACGCAUGUGUUGAGUGAUGCCGGGGAGGGGUGGGAGGGGGAGAGGGGGUUGGUGGAUGCUGACCUGUUGAAGAAGGUGCUGUUUCCGCCCGAGGAGGGCAGCGCUGUCUUUUUGUGUGGGCCGCCUGGCUUGGUGCGCAUGGUUGCGUUGCCGGCCCUGAAAGAAUGGGGAUAUGUGGAGGAUGAGAACUUGUUUGGAUUUUAG